CUCAGGAAGAGACAAGCUAGCCCUGACCAUGCUUAAUUUUUCAGUACAAUUCCUUCUCCUCCCGACUCUGGCCGUGCUUUUGUCUGUUAAACUCAUCAAAUGGAAGAGAAAGCAGUUAAACCUCCCACCUGGUCGACGAGGUUGGCCUUUCGUUGGUGAAACCUUCGGAUAUCUGAAGCCUCAUCCAGCCACUUCAGUCGGCCAGUUCAUGGAGCAACACAUAUCGAGGUACGGGAAGAUCUACAGGUCGAAUCUCUUCGGCGAGCCGACGAUCGUGUCGGCGGACGCAGCGCUGAACAGGUUCAUACUGCAGAAUGAAGGGAAGCUGUUUGAGUGCAGCUACCCGAGCAGCAUCGGUGGGAUCCUGGGGAAAUGGUCGAUGCUGGUUCUAGUCGGUGACAUGCACCGCGAAAUGCGAAUGAUCUCGCUCAACUUCAUGAACAACGUCAGGCUCCGAUCCCGCCUCUUGCCGGAGGUCGAGCGCCACUCCCUUCUCGUGCUUCGCUCUUGGAUUCACGGUUCCCCUUUCUCAGCUCUAGAAGAAGCUAAAAAGUUUACCUUCAAUUUGAUGGCAAAAAAUAUCAUGAGCAUGGAGCCGUACGAAGCAAAGACAGAGAAGUUGAGAUUGGAGUACAUAUCCUUCAUGAAAGGAGUGAUAUCUGCACCUCUAAAAUUUCCCGGGACUCCAUACUGGAAGGCCUUGAAGUCGCGAUCAAACAUUCUUAAUGUGAUUGAACAAAAAAUGCAAGAAAGAUCGCAAGAGAUGAGAGAGCAAGAGGGAGACGAGGAGGUGGAUGAUCUCCUUGGUUGGUGUCUAAAGCACUCCAAUCUUUCCAAAGAGCAGACCCUCGACCUUUUGCUCAGCCUACUAUUUGCCGGCCAUGAAACGUCAUCGGUGGCCUUGGCUUCAGCUAUAUUCUUCUUGGAGAGCUGCCCAAAGGCCGUUCAAGAACUCCGGGAGGAGCACAGUGAAAUAGAACGUAAGAAGCUACAAAGAGCAGAGUCGAGUUUAACUUGGGAAGACUACAAAGAGAUGGAAUUCACUCAAUGUGUUAUAAACGAGACCCUACGACUUAGCAACGUCGUAAGGUUCGUGCAUAGAAAAGUUCUUCGAGAUGUAGAAUAUAAAGGGUACAAGAUUCCACGUGGAUGGAAAAUUCUACCUGUUUUUGCUUCAGUUCACUUGGAUUCUUCUCUGUACGAUGAUCCUCACCGGUUCACACCCUGGAGGUGGCAGUCUAACAAACAAAGACGACCAACACUUUGCGUGCAGAAAAACAGCGUGACAUCGACGACGACGAACAACUUCAUGCCUUAUGGCGGCGGGCCGCGUCUGUGUGCAGGCUCGGAGCUCGCGAAGCUCGAGCUGGCGGUCUUCCUGCACCACCUCGUGCUGAGCUACAGAUGGGAGUUGGCUGAGCCGGAUCACCCGCUGGCAUUCCCCUUCAUUGAGUUCCCAAAAGGACUCCCCAUAAAAGUCUACCCCAUUUGAUCAAAUAUGAAUUAUCAGACAAAACGAUUUAAAACCUAAAUCAUGAUCUCAUAGGAAUAUUUAAUUAUGAUGAAGUCCCUAUGUAAAUCUUGUGUUCAUCGUUGGCGAAUGCACCGAGUCAGGCUUCAAAUUUGAAAACUGUAAAAAAUGAUCGUCGCGGCUAAUCAAUCAGUUACUUGGUGUGCAUUGCGUAAAUAGUUAUAGGCCAAUAUACAUCUUGCAGUAGUGUGCAACAAAAGUUAAGCAGAAGAAACUACACACUAAUAAUAUAUUCU